UUAGCUCUGCAAUUGCCGAGUGAAAAUGAAAGGUACUUUAAUGCUCAUAACAAAGAAUUAUUACCUCUAUUACAUCCCAAUCAUGUACGAUUUACUGCCCAAUGGAUCAUGAUCUCUAAAGAAACUGCAAGUGUCAGACAACUGAUGAAGUUUUUAGCCAAUGGUAUGAAUAUAGUUAGAUUAUCAUAUUCUUUAGGACCAGUCAGUUUUUUACUUGAAACAUUAAAUAAUAUACGUCAGGCAAGAGAAGAAUACAGUAAACAAGUUGGAAGAUACGUCCCGUUGGCUAUUUCAACAGAUGAUGUGGGAUCUAUAAUUCAAGUAGGGCAUUUUUUAAACGAAAAGGAAUAUUUCCCAAAGGGUUAUCAAGUAAUGUGCACCGAUGACAUUGCAUUUUUUCGUAAAAGCACCCGCGACAUUCUUUAUAUUGGACUUGAAAAUAUUCAUCUAGUUUUAUCACCAGGAAAUAAAAUUAAUAUAGAUUUUGACAGAGUUGUGCUAACGGUUGACAAAAUUAUUGGUACUAAUAUUUCAUGUACCGUCGAAAUACCUGGAUUUUUAACCAGUAGGGUUAAAGUUUUUAUAUUUGGAACACACAUCUCAUUAACAAAAUUUACUUUGGGAGACUUCAAGGCACUAUCUUUCGCUAUAAAGAAUAAUCUGGAUAUAUUCUGCCCUUCAUCUGUAGAAACUCUUGAAGACGUUUUAUACAUCCGCAAAAAGAUUAAAUCCUUGGGCGGAAAAAUUGCUCUAGUUCCCAAAAUAGAUAAUUUAGAAGGAACACGAAAUAUAGACUCCAUUUUGCCAGCAGUUGAAGGUGUAUUUUUGGGAAGAGGUUAUGUAGGAUAUUCAGUUGGAAUACACAAAGUACCAUUAAUACAAAAACUAAUGAUAGCCAAAUCAAAUAUUAUAGGAAAACCAAUCUGUGUAUUGGGAUUGUUUCUAACAGAAAUGGUAACAGAAAUAAAACCAACUUGUGCUGAAACUGUAGAUAUUUCUAACUUGGCAAUGGAUGGAGGUUCCUCGGUCAUGACUCAUAGUGAGACAACAAUUGGGAAUUAUCCUAAUGAAGCAUGUAACGUAUUAGACAAAUGUUUACAAAUUGGAGAACAUGGAUUUUUUUAUAAAAGACAGUUUAGAGACUUGCUUAGAACUGUCGAGUCACCAACUUAUGCAACUGAUGCAAUAGCAAUUUCAGCAGUUCUAGCUUCGUAUGUGUCCAUAGCCUCUGCCAUAAUUUGUUUAACCCAGUCUGGAAAAACUGCACAACUACUCUCAAAAUAUUUUCCUAGGUGUCCUAUUUUGGCUGUAUCCAGAAAAAUAGAUACAGUAAACAUGCUACAAUUAUAUAGAGCAGUUAUUCCACUAUAUUAUAAUAAACCUCGUCAUGAGAAUUGGUGUUGCGAUAUGGAACAAAGGCUUGAAUUCGGUAUUCAGUUUGCAGCAGAAACUGGAAUUACAAGAAAUGGCGAUCCUAUUAUUCUGCUACAUCCCGGUAAACCAGGUUCUACAAUCACAAGUACUUUAAGAAUAAUAAUGUCUCCGAAUAUGCGACCAUUUGUCAUUCCAGAAGUGAAUUAUUAAUAAUGUUACGGUUUUGUUAAGAUGUCAGACUUGUAUUGUUUAAUAAAUUGUGGG